UCACGAGCAAUCACACCGAAAUAGGGACCCUACCUGCAAUAAAAGUGGCUUUAAAUCAGGAAAAAUCGGCUUCCCAAGUCUCUAAUGGGUCCAUUAAUGUGGCUGCCUUGUAACAAAUCAUCCGUUAAAGGCCCUAUCUCGAACAUGAGACGUUUCUAUCUUGAAUCUUUCAUCUGGAGAAAAAGUAUUAAGCCUUUGAGAGGAAUGGAGAAGGAGUAAUCUGCUCGUUCAGUUUGGACGGAAUGAAGGUCUUAAACUUGACAAGCUUAGCACAUACAUCGUUUUGUUGUACCCUUUCGGCCCAGUAAGUAAGCAUCAGACUUACUUGAACCUACUUUAAUGAAGAGGUUCGGAUUGCAAAUCUCAGCCUAAUCAACUUUUCCCCUGGCACGAAGAAAAAAAAAGUUAAAUUGGCGAAUCAUUUUUUUGCCUGUGAUAAGUACACUCUUAGAAAACUUGUGUUAAAUCAUUACUGAACAGAGUACGUACAUAUGACUCUACCGGCACUGGUAACAUCGGACAUUAUCGUUUAGUCCUGUUGUGGUAAUUAAAAAUUUACCACUAAAAAAACUACUUCCAGUCCGGUAUGAAGUUAUUACCAGAACGGAGUGUAUAUCCGACUCUACCAGAUUUUUAACAGUGUAAAUAGCACGAGGUACAAGCUGCCAGAUGCAAAAUAGUUGUAAAUUAUGCGCUCAAUUUACACCAAGUUUUACUUGAUACAAUAAGCGUAAAUCUUAUUUUAGUGGUGGUGGUGGAAGGAAGAAAUAUUCAAAAUUGUGCUCCCCAGUUCCAAAGGGAGCAUGAAUCUCGUUGAUAAGAACGGAAUUAUCGUUGGAAACAGACGUUAAAUAAAUUGAAACUUGGUUAUCGUACGUUUAAAUCAUUUUUAAUGCAAAACCUAUGCUUGCUUUCCUGGUAAUAAGCCAAAGAAAAGGGGGGCGAGGAAAAGGUGUGGGUGAUGAAGCAGGAAGGUCUACAUGUCCAUUUUAUUCGCAUUUGUGGUUUCAUCCCUGCCCAAAUUUUACGAAAAUGUUUUAACUUGUACAAAAUUUGCCCAAUUAGAUUUCUCUUCCUACACCGAGAUUAAGACGUUUACUCGAAUUUGUAGCACAGAAUUAGCUCAGUUUCCUCCCCGUCGUGUCAUGCAAGACAUUGCAGUGGCCGCGGAAGCGGUAGGGACAUCUGGGGGGAGAUUAACAUUGUAUGUAUUGUAGUAAAAAAGGAAUUACAAUUUUAAUCAUUUUUAUAACAAAUUGGUGCAUAUUUAUAGGGGCCAAUUAAACAGAUUCAUCUCUCACAGGGGCCGCGGAAGCUGUGGGGACAUUAAAAUUGCAGGACAGGGAAAGCAGGGAUUUAUAUAAGAUGGGGAAAUGAUACUGAUAUCGAAUAACCGUGGGGACACUGUCCCUCUGUUCCGUGGCCACUGUGGAAGGGAACGAGUAGGUAAACAGGAAGUAGAGAAAGCAGAGUUACAAAUGCACUCAAUUCUUGUACACACAAUCCCUCAGGGACCCUUCGAACGGAUUAUAAUAGGAUUUUCCAACCCGACUAAAGUACUCUCAUCUCAUUGUGAAGCAGAGACAGACUUUCUCUCUCUCUUUCCCUCGCCAAGUGUUGGAGAGUGAGUGGACUGGUCGACGAGUAAUACGGAUUAGCAACCAAGGCGAGUAAUAAUAAGGAGACAUGCGGAAGGCAGAAACCACCUCAUGCACCAUCCACCGGACAACCGACUUUGCUUUGUUCAGGCCGGAUUAAAACUAGUUUCCCAGACUCGAGCUUUCUUAAAAUGUCAAGUAAAAUCUGGACUAGGAAUUUAUCAAGGAGAAUUAGUUGCCUGUCGUGCAUCCAAAUCUAAUAUGUACAUACCUUGUCGUGUCAUAUGCACUGGUAAAAAUCUGGUAGAGUCAGAUAUAUACUCGGUAUUGGUGUUGAUUUGGUAAUAACUUUCUACCGGAGGGGUAGUAGUUUGUUUCUGAGUGGAAAUUUUUCCAUUAUCAUAACAUUACUGAAAGGUAAUGCCUCUUAUUACCAGUGUCGGUAGACACAAACGUCAGUAAUAAUUUACUACCAAUUUUCUAAGAGUGUAACUAAGCAGUUAUUACGGAAAGGUUACUUGUCCCCUGAUAAAACCAUUAUUUGCUCUUUGUUUUUGUCCAAAUUACACAUUUAAUGUCGUCCUCGUGUCACUCAACACCCAUUAAACUCGCUACCCUCGAUGAAUAAUUGAUUUCAUAAAAAAACUACCGUAUAUAUGUAACGAAAUCCCUUCAUAUUUCAAAUCACUCCAAACCAAACCAAAACAAACUUUGGUUCUCCUCUUCUUCUCGCCAUCUCAUCUCUUUUCCAACAACUUUCUUUUCCCCGUAUAACAAACACAUUACGUUCCUACCUAUCGACUCGUCUCCCCUCCAAAAUGGCAUAUCGUCCAAGUUUUUCUUCCCCAAUGUUGUUACAAAUAUAUGUCUGCGUAUACCUGGAGAAAGUGGAGGCAGAGAGAAAGUAUAAAAAAAUUGCUUGAAUCUUAUCCUCAGCUUUCUAAAGCAGCAGCAGCAAAAACUUUCUCCUCUCGCUCGUUCACUCACUCGAUCCCUCCUGACUCUUAUUCCACCCAAAGAAACGAAGAGAUCUUCCGCAGUGGAAAUACUACUACGUACGACCAAACAGACAGUUAGUCUUCAUCCUCAUGUAUGUAGGUUAUAUGUACGUUCCUUGGAAGAAGGGAACAAUUCGCCAUCAUCGCAAUCUCACCCGCUCGACAAACCUACAACCUACCCGAGCUGGUUGGUUGAGUGAGUGAGCUUUCUCUCUCAACUUUCUCCUUUAAGCAGCCUCCGCAUGAGACACGUUUGCAGUCGUCCCAAAGACUCGUUGGGAUUCGCACUGGAGGAAAUUUUUCAUACGCGGGUUCACAUUUAUAAAUAAUUUAUCUUUAUACGUACAUAAGUCCCCCUAUCCGGCGUGUCACAUUUAUCUUCCAUGGACUACAGAGCUCCAAAUCUGUGCAAGCAGCAACUCACUCAAGAGUGAGAGCAUAAAUAAAUAAAGUGAAAACAGAUAAAUUUUUUCAAGUAAAUAAAUUCCUCCUGCUGCAAAAGAGGAGAAGAAGAAGAGUGAAAGUCGUCGUGGACUGGACAAAUUGUGUGCAACUGACAUUCAUUGACUUCGCUGCUUGACUUUUUAUUCGCUCAUGGUGAGCAGUUUUGUCUUAUUUUGUACAUACCGAGGAGGAGAAAGAAGAUAAUUUCAUUGUGAAGUAAACUGGUUCAAUAUUCGCGUCUCGGUUGGCUACAUACUUAGCUGGACAUUUCUUGGAAAGAAGGGAAAGCUUUUGUAUUUAUUUAUUUGAGUGAAAUUGGCUACGCAGAAGAAGAUUUUAUGUCCAUCCAUUUAACAUUCGUUUCAAUUACAAGUAAUUUUUGGAUCUUGCUGGUCUGGAAGGGACGGAGUCGUAGUCGCAAAUUAACUCUUUUUUCUCCCUUUGUGACAGACUCGUAAUGUGACAAAUGACCAAUCCCGGGAAACAAAGGGACUCCUUUUGUAAUAGAUAAUCAGAAUGAAUGAGUAAGACGGAAAAAUUGUCAAUGUCAGCGUAAAAAUAAUAUCAUUUGUAUCAUCUCUCAAGGAGCGGAAUGAAUCCCAAAUUCGAAAUAUAAUUAUGUUGCAUCUGUCAUAAUGACAAAGGAUUGUGUCAGAAGACUCGAGUUUUUUUUUUACUUAUCCUCUUAUUGAUUUCCUUCCUUCCGGAGAUGACUUUUGAAUAGUGCAACAAAGACAUUUCUUCACUUGAGGGAUCAGAGAGGGGGGAAAUUUUAUCAAGUGAAUGAUAAAAAAACAUAUUCGAUAUAGCAAAUUUUGUAUAAUUCUGAAACCCUUUGAUGUGAAAUUUUAUUUAGUUUUGUUCGCCAAGUGUGAAAAAAAACAUGGAGAAAGUUGCAAAAUCAAAUUAUAAGAAUAUCUGAAACGCACUGAUUUUUUUAGCUCUGUUCGCCAAGUUAAAAUAAAAAUGUGAAGAAAAAACACGGAAAAAGUUGCAAAGUUGUCCCCAUAAUGUGUAAGGAUCAUGAAACAUGUUAAAUGCAAAUGUGGUGGGCCUGUAGGAAGAAAAGAAGAAGGAGACAAUAAUGCGACAUUCAUACCCGACUAAAUCUCUCGUACCAAAGAUAAAAGUGAAUUUGAAAAGGGGACAAAAAGUGUCGUUUUUAUCAUCAACAGAAUCAUUAUUGUUGCUUCCGCGAUUCCAGUCCGAGUCCCGGGAUGAAUACAAAGUUGGGUCAGAAGAACUAGCGUACCGGAUUGAGACUACCCGAAUUUUGAAUAUUAUUAGUCUCAUCCAUUCCUCUGCUACAAAAUACGGCAAACUUUCUCCCAUAUUUCUCCCCAUUUUUCCACUUUGGUCUAUCAGUGUUACAAAAAAUAUUGGUUUUGUACCACCCAAUGUAAACAUUACUACCCAAGUGGUGAAGCAAUAUCAAUAUCAAUCCCAUCAACAUGUCACGGUCCACGGAAGGCAACACUUUUCCGCAAGUUAUUAGCCGGCUUUUGCUCCUGCUCCUCGUCUGCCUCCCGUCAAUACCCGGUUCGGACUUGGGUGGUUCAGAUUCUUAUCAUAAUAAACCUCCGCAAAGAAGUUGGAGUUCGAGAGUGGUCACGACGAAAUUGGGGCUUGUGCGCGGGUUCAUAACGGUGCCACGGGGUUUCGACGGGGUGGAAGUAUUUCUCGGGCUGCCGUACGCCCAAGCCCCGUUGGGUUCGUUACGCCUGAUGCCACCGGUCAGUGGGUCGCCGUGGUCCGGGACACGGAUGAAUGACCAGCCGGGACCCGUCUGCCCGCAAGUUUUUCCCCUCCCGUCGAUACGGACGAGGACUGCUUUCUCCGGAAGUGAGGACGAUGGGAGAGGAGGAGGAGAAAGUGAGGAUGGGGAAAGUAUGGAUGGUGUUGGUACGAGUGAAAGUGGUGACCUGCAUGGGGAAGGGGAAGAAUGGGGAUUGAACGAGACGGAAAUUUUGAAGAAUAUGCCUCGUGGAAGGAUGAUCCAACUCAAGAGAUUGGCUCCCUUGUUACAAAAUCAGAGUGAAGACUGUCUCUAUCUCAAUAUUUAUGUUCCACUGGCUGUUUCCGAAGGGAAAGUGGAUCGUCCCGUGCCUUGCCUGAUAUUUAUUCAUGGCGACGACUUCUCCUACGGAGGAGGUCAUCCGUACGACCCGACAAUGCUAGUUAGCCAAGGAAAUAUCAUUGUGAUCACGUUCAACUUCAGACUGGGAAUUUUAGGUUUUCUAAACUCAAAUUCGGACGGAUAUUUUAAGUCUCCAGCCAAUUUUGCACUCUUGGACCAAGUAGCUGCUCUGCAUUUUGUGCAAGAAAACAUAGCCGCGUUUGGAGGUGAUAGGGGAAACGUGACGCUAAUGGGGCACGGAAAAGGAGCCAUGUUUGCAUCAUUCCUUAUGAUUUCGAACGCUCUUCCUUCAUCAGAACAUCGCGUUACUGAGGCACUUUUUCACCGAGUAAUUUUGAUGUCAGGCUCGGCACUUUCUCCCUUCACGGUGGGCCUGUCUUAUGGGAAGGACUUGGGGAAAAAGUUCGCUGGACGGUUUAAGUGUCCGACGGAGCCCCCUUCAAACAUGUUGCAGUGCUUGAGACAGUUGCCUCUCCAAUAUUUUCUGGAUUCGGAUCUGUGGAACUACUUUGGUCCAAGUGAUGACGGGAUCGUGAUAGAAAGCGGGAUUAGAGAAAAUGUGUUGAGAGAUCGUAUCUCCAGAUUUCCGAUGAUGUUUGGAGUUACAAAGGCUGAACUGCUUCCCACUUUAAAUGAGCACGAUGCCGUCUACGGACUCGAGACGGAGAAACGCAGAGAAGUUUUGAAGCAGUAUAUCGACGGUUUUUACAGCAGUGGCUACAGGACGGAAAUUCUGGCCGCCGCAAUUCAUGAAUAUACAGAUUGGGAACGACCUGUCCAACACCCCAUCAGCGUUCGAGACGAGACUUUAGAUGCGCUUGCAGAUGCUCAAAUUGUUUCUCCCCUGGUGAAACUUGGCGAACUCCACUCGCAAGGAAGUAGCCGAACAUAUUUCUACGUUUUCGAGUACCAGUCAAAAGUCAGUGAUUACGUCCAGCGGCUCGGAUGUGUGCAUGGUGAAGACCUGCACUACGUCUUUGGCGUCCCCUUAUUCCUGUCCAGUGCUAACGCCGAACACCCCGAAUGGGACGAUCCUCAUCAAAAUAAUGCCGGUGUUGGCGGUGGAGAUGCCGGAAAACUGGGUGUUUUCUCAGGAAAUUUCACCCGCAAUGAAGUCCAGCUUUCCCACACGGUUCUCCAUUACUGGGUUAAUUUCAUAAAAACGGGGAACCCCAACGCGGAACCGACAUCAACUCCUUCAUCGGAAGGAUCACCUUCAUCUUCGUCUUCUCAAGGAUCCAGUGGCGGUGGUGUGAGUUUAGGUGGUUCGACAGGCGAAAAUCGAUUCCCACAUCAAGAUAAGUCCUCAUCGUCAUCAGUGAUGUCGGUUAAGCCGAAAUUGAUUGAAUGGCCGCCUUACGACUCUCUCUUUAAAAAGUAUCUCAGCAUUGAAGCAAAGCCCCGGAUAAGAAACCAUUAUAGAGCGCAUCGCCUAUCAUUUUGGCUCCACUUGGUGCCGGAGCUGAUGCGAAAUGGCGGAGGUGGUGGGAUCUCAAUGUUUCAAAACCGUCCAGAAGGCCACGUUAUUAACUCAAGUAAUUCCACUGUACAACAUCCCCCCUCGAUACAAUUGGUGGGACCUCCGUACUGGGAACAGCACCCCUUUUACUACUCUUCUGGUAAUUACUCGAGCUACCCAGGAGGCGAUAUAUCCGGUCCACUCGGCUCUCGCCCACACCACCGUUUUCAUAACGACCAUUCCAACGGAAUUGGUGGUGGUGAUCCGGGUGGUUUCCAAAUUUAUUCUACCGCCCUCUCCGUCACAAUUGCGGUCGGGUGUUCUUUCCUCAUCUUGAACAUUCUCGUGUUUGUCGCGUUCUACUAUUUUCGCGACAAGCGACGAGCAGCAAGACAUUCUCGGGGUGGGGAAAGUGAACCUUAUCGCAACCAUCCCGGACCUAUUUCCGCUUCUGGUGACGGACUAGACCACCCGACGAGCUACCCCACCUCGGCCGACCUCCAAUUAUCCGUCGACCCCACCACCACGAAGGGACAAUCAGCAUCCACCUACUCGUCCGCCGACACGAUGGUGCUCCCCUCGAUUCACAACACGCCCGUGAGACUCCAAGAGAACGGUCAGAUACCAAACUUUCACCAGCAGCAACGCCACCACCACCAGAAUCAGCAUCAAAUGCUUCCCAUGCCCAAUAUUUGCGGUGAUCUGCCAAUUUCCGCCAAUCUGCAACAACUCCUCGCAGAAAGUGCUGCUAACUCUGGUGGUGGUCGAACCUCGUCUCCUUAUCAGCAUGCAAAUCCGUCGCAAAAUCAAGCCCCCACUUUCAUGCUUGGUGGUGCAUCAACCUCCACAUCCACGUCCACCCUCCCCUCGAAUAAGCGACAAGGACAAAGGAGCAGCAGUAGUGGUGGAAGCAGCACUCUCGGAGGACACAGUUUCGAGCUUUCAAUGCCAGAUGCGAUCCUGGCUGCAGCGAUGAUGCUAAAUUAUCGACAGAAUAAUUCAUCUCAAGUAUCCAGCAGUGGAGGAGGAUCGGAUUUUUUCCUCGGGACAGGUCAUAAAUCUUCGUCUGCGGCGGGGAAGAGACCAGCCCUCAAUAUGAAAGAGCAGUUGUUAUUGUCAGCCGGGAUUAGUGAUGCUGCUACUUCCGCAGUUGGUUUCACGAGUGCUCCUGGUCCUGGUUCUGGUGGUAACGGGGGGAGAACAGGUGUUAUCGUGGGUAAUUUACCAGGCAGCAGAGGAUCAGUCCCGUAUAAUAAUAAUGCCACCGGUGGUGGUGGUGGAGAAAGUGGUUGCGGGAAUGUGAUACAGUUUGACUUUGAGAAUGCCUCAAAAUCAGUCCCGAGACCGCCCAAGAGACAAACGCCCUCUGUAAAGUUCAGCCCAGAUACCUUUAUUUCUCCUGAUGGAUCCAUUUGUUCCGGGCCUAAUGCAAAUGUCAAUACGUCGCCCGUUGUUGUCACUGCUCCGAAUUCUGCCCCCAUUCUGACAGCCAAUGCGACCCCAACCUCCACCAGUUCCUCCGUCUCGUCCAUCUCGACAAACUCGGCGAACAACCCAAGUCAGCUCAAGUCAUCGCUGAAAAAACAUUCAAACUACUCUCCGGCACAAGACCAGCUCAACGUGUGAAGAGAAUUUGGGAGUUAGUGCUGUUGCUAUAAAUCCUUUAAAUCUUGUGCAAAUAUUCAACACUUGCUCAUCCGAGUCAGAAAGUGGGGGGAAAAGGAUUGGGAAAAAUUGAGUGAAAGCAAAAACCAGCUGCGGAAAGGGGAGAGAUGAUUAAAUUUUCGGUGGUAUGUGUAUGUGCUCGGAAGUGGCCGCGGAAGCUGGGGGGACAUCGGGGGACAUUAAUAUUGAGGGAUAGGGGAGGGAAGGGUUUAUAUAAUGAUGGGGACAUCGAUUAACCGUGGGAACAUUGUCCCUCUGUCCCCUCGCGCUUCCGCGGUCACUGGUACCCGUCGUACCUCUUUGAUGUUUAUUUAGCAGAAAAAGGAGGCCGGACGAGGAACCAAGGUUGAAAAUAUGUUUCGUACUUUUGAUGGAUUUUCAUAAACAUAUUUUAUAUAUACAAGGUAAAAAAAAUGACAAAUCAAAAACUGGGUAUAUAUGUAAACCGUACUUUGUCUCUUGUAUUUACACGUGUCCUCAUUUUUUCCAUGUCUCUAUUUAAUAAUAAGGUUGAGAAAAAAAUUGAAUCAAAUAAAAUUAAAACGAUUUACGUGAACGAAUGAAA